AUGGGGUUAACCUCGUUAACCCACCGAGUCAGAAGUUCCGGUCUGUAUCCUGAAGAUGAAAAAAGAAAAUCUGAUGGAGAUGACGGGAAAAGCGUAGAAAUGCUAGAAUAUCUCUCCCUGCCUGGGAUUCGUGAGAUGACAAAGAUCAUCCGUUUAAUAGGGAAUUAUCAAAGAAUCUCUUUGUUCCGUGUUAUGUACGACGUACCGGAGCGGAUUAUCCUGGACUCACUCAUUAAAUAUCGCGAAGAAACAGCGCGUGACGAGCAAGCUACAUCAACUGCAACAAGACCGCAAAAACAAGUGGACGUCAAGAGCGAUGGAGUUUGA